AUGCAGCAAGUAGUGCAUAUUGAUGAGAAAUGGUUCUACUUGAACCCAGAAACCAGGAAGUUCUACCUCCUGCCCAAUGAACCUAACCCUUACAUGUGCCAACAGUCAAAAAGGUUCAAGGUUAAAGGCAUGUUCAUGGCUGCCAUUGGGAAGCCAAUUUUUGGCCCCCAAGGAGUAGUAUUACAUGAUGGAAAAUAUGGGAUGUUUCCAUUUGUUUAUGAAAGCAUAGCCAAGAAAAAAAGUAAAAACAGGGAUGUUGGUGCUGUGGAAACAAAAGCAAUACAAAAUGUGAACAAAGAGGCAAUCAGGGCCAUGCUAGAUGAGGAAUUUAAUGCAGCCUGUCAGUCAGAUGGUUUCAAUAUCAAGUUCAUUUACCAGCCAGCUCAGUCCCCUGACCUAAAUGUCCUAGAUUUGGGGUUAUUCAAUGUGAUUCAAUCCAUACAGUACCAAUCAUUUCCUACGAACUUAAUGGAACUCAUUCAAAAAGUGAAAGAGGCUUACGACUUGUUUAAUCCAGUUCUAAACAAGUAUUGCUGGAUAACCUUACAAUGUUGCAUGGAAGAAAUAUUGAAUCAUCUGGGGGGGAAUAAUUUUAGCCCACCACACAAAGGGAAGAAAAAGCUGGAAAGAAUAGGCAUGCUGCCAGAGGUUCUACAUGUGGACAGGACUCUUGUUCAACAGGCUGUUGAACACCUCAACAACAUGUUCAUACAAAUAGGUGAAGGCAAUGAAGAUGAUGAAGGGAUGCAAGUUGAUGCAGACUAA